AUGCUGAUUCUCCUGUGUGCUGCUGCAUGUCUCGCCGAGGCGUGCGGGACAGGACCUGCAUGUGUUAACGGAGACUGCGCCUACGGGGACGGAGCACACUUCUGCCAGUGCAGGCGGGGCUGGGCGGGGGCUGCGUGCGAUGCUCCCCGUGCAGGGUUCUGCAGGGUAACUACUAAUACUGGCAAGGCGUCUACAGACAGGGCCGUCAACUACGCCUGCCUCGUGAACGGGACGGAGUGCACAGGGUCGAGCAAGUGCACCUACUACGCGGGGGCGUACUCGUGCGACCCCUGUCCCGAUGGCUUCGUGUCCUACGAGGGCGAGUGCCUGCCGAGGGGCUGCUUCAACACCGACGACUUCUCAAACCAGGAGGCAACGAAGGCCCCCUGCAACGGCCGCGGCCGCUGCCUCCUGAAGGACCCCGGGCUGGCCGGGCUGAGUGCUGACGACUACGCGUGCGACUGCUACCCGAUCUACCGCGGGGGCCUCUGCCAGUCGUGCGACGACGCCAACGCGAUCGCUACAGAAAGCUCUUCGUCUGACGCCCUCCCUACGUGCAAUGCGCGGGCCUGCCAGGACUCGGAUGGCAUCGUGUGCUCAGGCCAGGGAACGUGCACCCUCGACGUGGGCCUCGAUCGCGAAUCGUACCGCUACCGCUGCAAGUGCAAUGAUGGCUACACACGCGUUGGGCACAGGUGCGUCAGGACGGAGUGCGUGGCCACGAUUGACGGGUCCCCGGUCGUCUGCGGGGGCUUCGGGAAGUGCACAGAUGAAGGAAACAACGGGGUGUUCAGAUGUGUUUGCGAUUCGGAUGCAGUCCAGGUCGAUAAGUUUUGCACAUAUUCCGCGUGCACAGACGAGUCCCGCUCAAAGAUCUGUGGCGGAGUGGGCGCGUGUGUGCGCAAUGGCGCUGGCUAUAGUUGCGAUUGCCGAGGGCUUGCCACGGGCGACCUCUGCGAUACUUGCACUGACAAGUCUGCUAAGAUAAAUGGCACCUGUGUUCCAGUGGGGUGCCUCACUUCAAACAACCAGGAAUCAUGCAAGAACGGAGGAACAUGUGUCAAGUCCAACGGCGAGUACCACUGCCGCUGCCCGGACAUGCUCUUGCCGUCGACGGAGAGUGCACGUCCCCCGCGUGCAUGGACGAGGAACUGGGGAAGGUCUGCUCGGGGCACGGCACGUGCAAGACGGACGAUCUACGAAAUAUACAAUGCACUUGUGAUCAGGACUAUACCUACAUCGCUCCGGGGCGUUGCAUCUUGA